GGCGAUUGCCGAAACGAUUUGUGCACCGAGGUCGCAUCAGGUUUGUCAGUAAAGUCAGUUGUUUGUCAGUUACUCUCACUAGUUCUCCUACAUAACUUCCGAGGUUAUUAUUCUGCGGCCAUGCGAAAUACUUAAAGCCAGACUCAAAGUGCCAGGACUAACUCAAUGUCUCAAAUCACCCUAUUCGGCGGCACAGGGCCUACCGGUAAUGCACUUAUUCGCGAAGCCCUACGUCGAGGCCAUACCAUCGUUGUCUUUGCUCGUAGUCCCGAUAAACUUGACUCCGAAUUGAGAGACUCAGCAAGGAUAAGCGUCAUUCAAGGAACCUUGGACUCUUAUCCUGCUAUACAACGCUCCCUGCACAACUCCGCCGCUGUUUUCGUUCUCCUCACGCCUUCGGACGGUCUUCCUGGUUGGGCUGGUGGCUCUUCUUCACCACUGACAAUGACUACUGGUUAUCGCAACAUCAUCCGUGCUAUGUCCGAACUUAGCGUGAAGCGACUUAUAGGCAUAGGAACCCCCUCGCAUGUCGAACCUCAAGAUGGAUUUAACUUUGGUUUAAAAUUAACUGUGCCUAUGCUAAGGCUGUUAGCUCCAAAGGUGUUUGAGGAUGUUGUAGAGACCGGAAAACUGUUGAAAGGUCUAGGAGAUGAUGAAAAGAUUGAUUGGACCUGGUUCCGAGUUUCCUUAUUGUACGAUGGACCUGCUCCCAGUGACAAAAAGUAUCAGCUUGGUUUCACGGGACAAGGAGGAAGGUUUCUACUUCCCAGUCUUUUCAGGGAAGAGCUUGCGAAGGCCCUGCUAGACGAGAUGGAGGAUGGAAAGUGGGUGAGAGGAAUGCCUUUCUGUUGGACUUGAGUUCCACGAGCUCUUCUACAUACUUUGUUUUCGAUGCAUCGUAUCUCCUCUGAUGAUUCUUGUCAAGAUCAAAGGUCCUAGAAGAGUUAGAUAGAAUGCCUGAAAUUAUUAUCAGUCAUAC